UUGAAAGACGGUCCGGACCGUGGUUCUUCAAGUCGGCCUCUCAAUUGGUCGCUCGAUAAGACAUCUUCUCUGAAAGCACGCGACUCGCUGUUUCUUUUCUGUCCUUUCCGCUUAGCCGCCUACGUUACUCAUGGGUGCAGACCAUGGGCCCGGACUAAGUGGGACUGCGGUGUGAUUUCUUAGGCGCCAAGAUCUUCUGACUGCUUUCCCGACGUCCAUUCACUGUGUGUUAUUGCGAAACGAAGCCGACGAGCCGAUGAAAAGCGCCCGAAAGGAGAGUUAAUUGAACCAAAGGGUCUCCCGCCAAUCCGUCUGCGGCCGACGAAACCGCAGCGCCCCCACCCCGUCCGACCCAUGGCGCGGAGACGCCGUCAUCCCCACGAGGCACCCGCCGUGACGCGGCGUCGCGCCGCGGGUUCGAACGCCGCCGACGGCGACGACGCGCCCUCGAGGCUCAAGCCGCGGCCCUUGCAGCGCAACGCGGCCAACGCCCGCGAGAGGGCCCGGAUGCGCGUUCUGAGCCGCGCGUUCUCGCGGCUCAAGACGUCGCUGCCCUGGGUGCCCGAGGACACCAAGCUCUCCAAGCUGGACACGCUGAGGCUGGCGGCCGGCUACAUCGCGCACCUGCGCCGAGUGCUGCUGGACGACGACGAGGCGUCGUCGCCCGGUUCGGCCGCCGCCGAAGAGGCCGCCUGCGGGUCGCCGCGGUGCCUGCACCCGCUGACGCUGACGUGGCCGUUCUCAUUCCACCAGCGACUUCCCAGUCCCGAGGGGCAACAGGACGCCGAGCCCAAAGCCCGACACGCCGUCUCCUGUCGAAUGUUCGAGGGUGAUGCACCUCUGGCGUCGUCGAACCGACCCGCCAAGCAGCCUUACCAGGAACCGGCCGCGUGUCACGGAGGCCACCGAUAUUCGUCCGCCCCCGCGGACGACGGAUUCGAGUCCUUCCUCGACUACCUGAACAGUUCCUCGGGACCGUCGCACCCUUCGUACUCGGGACGCUUCAUGGCCAUAACGAGUCAACGACCCCUGUGUUCCUCCUAAAGUCUCCCCGCGUUGUCCUCCUCACAGUGAGGCUUCGAUCGUAAAACGAGGCAAAUACUAUCCGUGGUUUUAAAUGGAGUCCUUACGUCAGGGUCUAGAGUCAGGGUCAGGGUCUAGAUGCAUGUGAACGGAGUAAUCGUUCUGGUUCGGCAUCCGCUGCACCGAACAUGAUUACAUCUGUUGCACAAUAUAUAUAUAUA